AUGGACGCGGAGACGGCGGCUCCUGCGCUUGCCGCGGCGUCUCACUCUCACCCGGAGCCGGAGGACUCGCCCAUGAGGCCACAGGUGAGCAAGUACUACUCCAAGAAGAGGGCUAGCAGCAACGGCAGAAAUGGCAUGGAUGAUGCCAACCACGACGAUUCCAAGAACGACCAGCCCCCCGGCUCGCCCCUGAGCAGACAGAGCCUGUCCUCAUCUGCCACCCACACCUACCACGCAGGAGGGUUCUACGAGAUCGACCACGAGAAGCUGCCCCCCAAAUCCCCAAUCCAUCUCAAGUCCAUACGCGUGGUAAAGGUCAGCGGCUACACGAGCCUGGACGUCACGGUGAGCUUCCCGUCCCUCCUGGCGCUGCGGAACUUCUUCUCCUCUGUCCCGCCGCCGCGUACCGGUCCGGAGCUCGACGAGCGCUUCGUCAUGAGCAGCAACCACGCCACCCGCAUCCUGCGCCGCCGGGUGGCCGAGGAGGAGCUCGCGGGCGAGUGGAUGCUCCAGGACAGCUUCUGGCUCGUCAAGCCCUGCCUCUACGACUUCUCCGCGUCGUCGCACCCGGCGUCGCCACAUGAUGCGCCGAUCCCGUCGCCGCCUGCCUCUGAGCGGCCGAAGGCGCCGGUAGCCAGCUCCUUCCUCCUCGACACCUUGAAGUGCGACGGUGCAGGGUGGGGCGUGAGGCGCCGUGUCAGGUACAUUGGUCGCCACCACGACGCUACCAAGGAGGUCGAUGCCGCCAGCGAUGGCUACGACACGGAGGUCAGCGUCCAGGAGGAGCAGCAGAGGCGACUGCGACAGCGCCGGGCGCAGGAAGACAACAAGAGCACUAGCAACGGCAAGAGGAUGCGGGAGGAGGGAGAGUGCAGCAAGAACAGGAGCAGAGACGCGAGGAAGAAGAAAGCCAAGACGUACAAGAGUCCCAAGAAGGCGGAGAAGAGGCGCGUCGUGGAGGCCAAAGACGGCGACCCUCGGCGCGGGAAGGACCGGUGGUCGGCCGAGCGGUACGCGGCGGCUGAGAGGAGCCUGCUCGACAUCAUGCGCUCCCGUGGCGCCCGCUUCGGCGCGCCGGUGAUGCGGCAGGCUCUGCGGGAGGAAGCCCGCAAGCACAUCGGCGACACCGGCCUCCUUGACCACCUGCUCAAGCACAUGGCCGGCAGGGUGCCGGAAGGCAGCGCCGACCGGUUCCGUCGCCGGCACAACGCGGACGGCGCCAUGGAGUACUGGCUGGAGCCGGCGGAGCUUGCUGAAGUACGGCAGCAGGCUGGCGUGUCUGAUCCAUAUUGGAUGCCGCCGCCGGGGUGGAAGCCAGGUGAUGACGUGUCCUCGGUCGCCGGUGACCUCCUGGUCAAGAAGAAGGUGGAAGAGCUAGCUGAAGAGGUCGAUGGUGUAAAAAGGCACAUUGAGCAGCUCAGUUCGAAUUUGGUGCAACUAGGCAAGGACACAAAAUCUGAGGUAGAGCGAUCUUACACCUCAAGAAAGGAGAAGUAUCAGAAGUUGAUGAAGGCAAAUGAAAAGCUCGAGAAGCAAGUUCUAUCUAUGAAGGACAUGUAUGAGCAUCUGGUUCAGAAAAGGGGUAAGCUGAAGAAGGAGGUGCUGUCCUUGAAGGACAAGUACAAGCUUGUGCUGGAGAAGAAUGAUAAACUGGAGGAACAGAUGACUAGUCUCUCCAGCUCAUUCAUAUCUUUGAAGGAACAAUUACUGUUGACAAAAAGUGGAGAUAACUUAAACAUGGAGAAGGAGAGGGUAGAAGUGACUGUGGGCAAGCAAGAAACCGUUGUUCCCGGGAAGCCACCGUAUGUUGAUGGUGGUCGCCAGAUCAGCCAGCAAGCAGAUGCCACCGUUGUCCAAGUCGGCGAGAAGAGGACGGCGAGGAAGAGCAGCUUCCGCAUCUGCAAACCACAGGGCACGUUCAUGUGGCCACCACACAUGGCGUCUGGCACGAGCAUGGCCAUCAGCGGGGGAGGCAGCAGCGACUGCCCCGCCGCCGCCGGACCGGAUGAGCUCCCUCGCAGCAGCAGCUGCCCCAGCGCCGUGCCGGGGGCCCUCCCGCCGUCGUCGCAGGCUCCAGCUGAGGUGGUGGUCGCGUCGCCGCUGGACGAGCACGCGGUGUUCCCGGGAGGCUUCAGCACGCCGCCCUCAGCGUCGUCCACCAACGCCGCCGCCGCCGCCGCCGCCGCCAAGCUGCCCCCACUGCCCAGCCCGACGUCCCCUCUCCAGACGCGGGCCCUGUUCGCCGCCGGCCUCACCGUCCCGGCGUUGCACGACUUCCCCGGCCUCACGUUACGCCACGUGGUACGCUCAACUCAAACAUCUCUGCACUGCAUCCGCAUCCGCAUCGUCACUUCAGAUGAUUCUCCCAGAGAACUGGAACUCUGUUUCCUCGACCUCCAUUUCCUCACCCGGAAAGCCCAAACCCUAACGCCGCCGACGGCGACCGCAAUGGCGGCGGCGGCGGCGGACCCUCGGCGGGUGCGCAACACGUGCAUCCUGGCGCACGUAGACCACGGCAAGACGACGCUGGCCGACCACCUCGUCGCCUCCUGCGGGGACGGGCUCGUCCACCCGAGGCUCGCCGGCCGCCUCCGCUUCAUGGACUACCUCGACGAGGAGCAGCGCCGCGCCAUCACCAUGAAGUCCGCCGCGGUCGUGCUCCACCACGCGGGGCACCGCGUCAACCUCAUCGACUCGCCGGGGCACAUCGACUUCUGCUCCGAGGUCUCCUCCGCCGCGAGGCUCUCCGACUCGGCGCUCAUCCUCGUCGACGCCGUCGAGGGCGUCCACAUCCAGACCCACGCCGCGCUGCGCCAGGCCUUCCUCGAGCGCCUCCGCCCCUGCCUCGUCCUCAACAAGCUCGACCGCCUCAUCUCCGAGCUCCACCUCACCCCCGCCGAGGCCUACACGCGCCUCCACCGCAUCAUCUCCGACGUCAAUUCCAUCCACUCCGCCCUGCGCUCCCACUCAUACUUCUCCCUCCUAUCCUCCCUCGACGACCACCCCUCCUCCAGCUCUUCUUCCUCGCCGGACGAGCUCCCCGAGGACGUUGAUCAAGACGAGGAGGACGCCUUCCAGCCACAGAAGGGGAAUGUUGUCUUUGCCUGUGCCCUUGAUGGCUGGGGCUUCCGCAUUCACCAGUUUGCUGAAUUCUAUGCUGCCAAGCUCCCCAACAUCAACGCCAAUGCCUUGCUCAAAGGACUCUGGGGUCCGCGAUACUUCCAUAAGAAGAAGAAGAUGAUUAUGGGGAAGAAAGGGAUUGAGGGUGGGGACGCUCAGCCGAUGUUUGUGGAAUUUGUCCUCAAGCCUCUUUGGCAGGCAUAUCAGGGAGUGCUGAGCGAGAAUGGUGAGUUGGUGAAGAAGGUCAUUGCAAACUUCAAUUUGAAUGUUCCGCAAAGAGAGCUGCAGAACAAGGACCCAAAGGUGGUUGUGCAGGCUGUAAUGAGCCGCUGGCUGCCGCUUGCUGAUGCAGUGAUGACAAUGGUGGUGGAAUGCACGCCUGACCCUGUUGCCGCUCAAGGGGUCAGGGUUGCAAGGCUUAUGCCAAAGAGGGAGGUUGCACCAGAGGAUGCUGCUGGUUGCCCUGAUGUUGUUGCGGAUGCAGAGAGUGUCAGGAGCUGUGUGGAGGCCUGCGAUGCGAGAUCAGAUGCACCAGUUGUGGUGUAUGUGUCAAAGAUGUUUGCUGUGCCAUAUAAAAUGUUGCCAUUCAAGGGGGUGGAUGGGGUGCUGUUGAACCACCAGGGGGCCAAUGAAUCUGAGGAGUGUUUUAUGGCAUUUGCAAGGGUCUUUUGUGGGGUCCUUCGUGCAGGGCAGAAGGUAUUUGUGCUGUCGACACUGUAUGAUCCGAUGAAAGGGGAAGCAAUGCAGAAGCAUGUACAGGAGGUGGAGCUGCAAUACUUGUAUGAGAUGCUUGGGCAGGGCCUGAGGCCAGUUUCUAGUGUGGGUGCUGGGAAUGUGGUUGCAAUCCAAGGACUUGGUCAUCAUAUAUUGAAGAGCGCUACAUUGUCAUCCACAAAAAAUUGCUGGCCUUUCUCAAGUAUGAUGUUCCAGGUGUCUCCAAUGCUUAAGGUUGCAAUUGAGCCCUCCAACCCAGCAGAUUUGGGAACCCUUGUUAAAGGGCUUAAACUUCUCAACCGGGCAGAUCCAUUUGUUGAGUACACUGUCUCGCAGAGAGGUGAGCAUGUUCUUGCUGCAGCUGGGGAGAUACAUUUGGAGAGGUGUAAAAAGGAUUUGGAGGAACGAUUUGCAAAGGUUAAAUUGGUGGUCUCAGACCCCCUUGUAUCCUUUAAAGAGACAAUUGAAGGUGAAGGCCUUGCCUUGAUGGAUAGUUUGAAGACUCCACGGGAAUUUGUUGAGAGAACAACUCCAAAUGGGAGAUGCACCGUAAGAGUUCAGGUCUUGAGACUUCCAAAUGCACUCAUUAAGGUUCUUGAGGAAAGUGAACAGUUGCUUGGUCAAAUAAUUGAGGGGAAAACCGCAAAGAGGAAUGGUGUGUUGGAUCCACAUCUUUCUCAGGAUGAUGGUGAUUCUGCUGCAACGCUUAGGCAACGACUGAUCAGUGCCAUAGACAGUGAAUUGGAAGCAUUUUCUGGGCAGGUGGAUAAAGAAAAGCUUGACAGGUAUAGGAAUACUUGGCUUGGAUACCUCCGAAGAAUCUGUUCACUUGGUCCUUGGCAGGUUGGUCCAAACCUCCUGCUCUUGCCCGAUGUGAAAUCAAGUGACAGUGUGAUAACCACUCAAGAUGGAAGGGAGGGAAUUCUUGUGCGUGGUAUAACUCAUGUCUCUGAGAGAUUAGGUUUUGUGUGUGGAUCUGAUGCUGAAGAUAAAAAUGAUCUCGAUGACAGUGAACCAUCAGCAGAUAUUCCUGAAUCAUUACAUCUAGAAUCUGUGGCACUGAGAAACUGCGUAGUGUCAGGAUUUCAAUUAGCAACAAAUGCAGGGCCACUAUGUGAUGAGCCUAUGUGGGGUCUAGUAUUUGUUGUUGAGCCUUACAUAUUCUCUGAUCACUCUGAUGUUGCAAAUCACUCUGAACAGUACAACAUCUUUAGUGGUCAAGUAAUUACCGCUGUCAAGGAAGCAUGUCGAGAAGCUGUUGUUCAGAACAAGCCAAGGCUAGUUGAAGCCAUGUAUUUCUGUGAACUGACCACACCAACAGAACAGUUGGGUGCCACAUAUGCAGUUCUUAGUAGGAAGCGGGCAAGGGUUCUGAAAGAGGAGAUGCAAGAAGGAACCUCUUUAUUUACUGUGCACGCGUACUUACCAGUUGCUGAGAGCGUUGGAUUUUCUAAUGAGCUCAGGAGUGUAACAGCUGGUGCAGCCAGUGCUCUGCUUGUUCUUAGCCACUGGGAAGCUAUUCCUGAGGAUCCUUUCUUUAUGCCAAAAACGCAAGAAGAGAUUGAAGAAUUUGGAGAUGGUUCCAGCAUUGGGCCAAACCUAGCUAAGAAGCUUAUGAAUUCUGUCAGGCGAAGGAAGGGGCUUCAUGUUGAAGAGAAGGUGGUUGAGCACGGCACAAAACAGAGGACGCUUGCAAAGAAGGUGUAGUUAUUUUGUUUGUUUCAAAUUUUGUCCUGAUGAAACAAAAUAUAAUCAAAUACGAAAAUCAAUGUGACC